CUAGCUUACCGUAUGCAAAUAGUUCGAAUUCAUUCCUAUUGCAAUGUCUAUGCUCCUGCCGUUCCACAAAUCAAUACUUGAGGAGAUUCAUGACCCUGCAACUUCAGACUUGCUAAUCCUUUCCCGUGGACUUGGACUUCGUCGUAUCAUAUGCACGCUCAUGCAAAUAUACGAUUCAAAGCAGACUCUUAUUUUUCUAUUGAGCACCUCACCAGAAGGGGAGACAACUAUUGGGGAUGAACUGGGUAUCAUGGGGUGCAGGCGGCCUGGAUUGCGAAUUGUGGGUUAUGAGAUGGGAAAACAGAACCUCUACAAGAAUGGCAGCCUCAUUUCUGUCACCUCCCGCAUUCUUAUCGUUGACAUGCUGCAAUCCGACAUCCCGACGGAGCUCAUAACGGGUAUAAUCAUUUUACAUGCUGAAACAGUGGUUACUGCUCUCUCCCUUAAGGCGUUCAUUGUCCGGCUGUAUCGAGAGAAGAAUAAGGCUGGCUUUCUCAAAGCAUUAUCAGACCAAUCGGAGCAUAUCACCAGUGGUAUGUCUCUGCUGAAGAGCAUCAUGAAGGAGCUUCAAUCGAGACACGUUCAUAUAUAUCCACGAUUUCACGAAGACGUCAGGCACACGCUCGAAACCCAUAAAGCAGAUGUCACCGAUUUGCAUCAGCAUCUUACAGAGCCUGUGGAGGCAAUUCACCAUGCGAUAGUCCAAUGUAUGACUGUCACCCUUUCUGAGCUCAAGAGAUCUAACACGACGCUUGAGCUUGAUGAUGUUAAUAGAGUCGGUCCACGGACGAAGCAACUGGUGGGUGACCUUGCGACGCUCAGACGGCUAUUAAUGAACUUACUGUUCUAUGAUGCGCUCGCUUUUCACGCAUACCUGGAAACUCUCGUAGCCUCGAAUACCACAACCGCAACUGGUGCAGUUAAACAACACCAGUCCCCUUGGAUGCUCACCAAUGCGGCCAACAUCAUUUUUAGCACUGCGAAACGACGGUGUUAUAACCUUACUUCUCCAAAAUCCACAGCUUCGAAGGAAAAGAAGAAACCAUUGGUUCCGGAUAACAUGUCUCCAGGUCUCGAAGAGCUUCCAAAGUGGGAUCUCCAUGCAGACAUACUUCAAGAAAUCGAGGAAGAGUUGAUGAGACAGGAGGCAUUGUCGACUCGCUCUCGUGGGCGAUCCGUGAUGGAGCGCAAAUUACCGAGACACCUGUAUCGGAAAGGCGAGAACGCCAGACAAAAACAACCCAGGCAUCAACCAGCUCAGUUUUCUGCCCCGCAGCCACAGCCAUCAUUGCAACUUGAGGGCGAGCUUAACAAGACAAGACAAGAGCAUCGGAGAAGGGUGCGUGGCAAUGCACCAAUGAUUGUUGCACUAAGUAAACCAGCGGUUGUCGACCCAAAAGUGGAGUCGAGAGACGAUGCAGAUGAGAUUGCAGCCUUUCUCGCAAGUCAACCUUCAGACCUCCUUGUCUCCUCUGAUGCAGGCGCUCUCCUCCUCGAAGCGCUUCUCUCAAGCGAGGCAGAAAUAGACUUUGACACGCACUACGGCUUGCUUGCACCCUCACAGAUGGUUGUUGUGCGUGCAUAUACCGAUGACAUGGACGACCAGAUUCUCGCAGAACUACAGUCGAGAUUUAUCGUGAUGUUUGAAUCCAACCUUGAUUUCGUGAGGCGCAUCGAGAAACUCGAACCCUGGUAUUGGCGUCCGUACCAACUCUCUUGCGAGGAGCGCAAGUACCCUGCCGGACUGAGGCGCGAGAAGGAGUCUUUCGAGAAGCUGAUUAAGGAACGCGGAUCUAUGCUCGUGCCGAUCUUCGAGGACAAACACGCUGGGAAAAGCGAUACAGUCAUCAAAACAAUCAGCACCCGUCUCGCAGGCGGAAGGAAGGAACUGAGUACAGUGGCAUCACAGGUAAUUGUCGACAUGUGCGAAUUCCGUUCCACACUACCUUCGCUUCUUCACGCAUCUGGCCUGCUCGUUAUUCCGGCGACGCUGACUCUUGGGGAUUAUAUCCUCAUACCAGAUAUUUGCGUCGAGAGGAAGAGCAUACCUGAUCUAGUAGCGAGCUUCAAUAGCGGUCGAUUGUACACACAAUGCGAGUUGAUGUCGGUGCACUAUAAACAGCCUAUAUUACUCAUCGAGUCCGAGGAAAACAAAGCGUUCUCACUUGAGACCACAGCAGAAUCAGCGAAAUCGUAUGCUAAACCCACGGACAAAUAUCCUGCGAAGAAAUCAACAGGUCCAACGGAUUCUGAUCGCGCUCCACCCUCUGUUCAAUCUAAACUUGUUCUCCUCAUGCUCCACUUCCCUCGUGUUCGAAUCAUUUGGUCAUCAUUCCCCUAUGGAGUUGCUCUACCAGGAGUGACAGCGAAAAAUGUCAAAUGUAUGAUGAGCAAGGUGGGGAGUGUCAGGGAAAUAUGCGAGCUGGACAGAAGGGGCGUGUAA